AUGGGCCCCUGUACCGCCUCCUCAUGCUGCUGCCAGGCCCGUAAUCUGCCAUGGGCCCCCGUACCAACUCCUCAUGCUGCUGCCAGGCCCGUAAUCUGUCAUGGGCCCCUGUACCGCCUCCUCAUGCUGCUGCCAGGUCCAGAGUGUCUCAUGGGUCCCUGUACGGCCUCCCAUUGCUGCUGUCUCCAUCGCCACACUCUGCCAUGUGCCACUUUCAGGUCUCCUCACACUGCUGGUGUGUUCCAUUUUGUCAUAGGGUGCUGUAUGGCCUCCCAUUGCUGCUGCCUCCACCGCCACACUGUGGCUCCACACUCUGGUUUUGGCCCCGUGACUGCCCAAAUGAGUGAAGUGUGCGGUGAUUCUAAGAUCGACGGCACUCAUCUGCAUGUCAUACUGACUGACAGUAUUAUUUCUCUUCCCCAGCAGACUCCAAGGGCAUUUAAAUUAAAGGUACAGUGUUCUGCACUAAUAUAA